CUCUCAUUUAUUUUAUGUUCCAUGAAUGCGAGAAUCGCCAUGGAAAAAUUUAUUUGAGUGGCAGAAUGACACCGUAAUUUGUUAACAUAAACAGAAAUAAUUUUUUUUAUACAUGCUUAACAAUGUCCUUACUUUCCGAUUACUCGUUUAGGUGACAUGCCGUCCCAUCUCCACUCUAUGAGUAUUUACGAAGUAAAUAUGGUGAGUCCGAGGUUGGGGUCACGCUUCACACCGUACACCACUUGCUCGGCAGAAAUUGUCAUAGAAUUCAUUCAAAUCCAGUCCUUUACAGGAAAAUCCUACAUAAAUCGAUAUUCUAAAUGUCUAAAAACAUGGGAGAUCCGUAUUCCUUUUCCUUAAGAAAGUUCAAGCUUGUUUUUUUGGGCGAGCAGUCGGUCGGAAAAACAUCAUUAAUUACGCGUUUUAUGUAUGACCAGUUUGACAAUACAUACCAAGCAACAAUAGGUAUCGAUUUUCUGAGCAAAACAAUGUAUCUUGAGGAUCGCACGGUGCGUCUUCAGCUUUGGGACACGGCUGGUCAGGAACGUUUUCGUUCUUUAAUUCCUUCUUACAUUCGUGAUUCUUCCGUGGCUAUUAUCGUUUAUGAUAUUACGAAUCACAACUCGUUUGUGAACACCGAGAAAUGGAUAGAUGAUGUUCGCGCGGAACGAAGCGAUGAUGUUAUUAUUGUGCUUGUAGGUAACAAAACAGAUCUUGCUGAAAAAAGACAAGUUUCACUGGAAGAGGGCGAACAAAAGGCUAAAGAGCUUGGAAUUAUGCAUAUGGAAACAAGCGCCAAAGCUGGCUAUAACGUGAAACAACUUUUCAGACGUAUUGCACAAAUGCUUCCUGGGAUGGAGAAUGUGGAUACGCAAAAUACUCAAAUGAUUGACGUUAGCAUACAGCCUAACACAGAUGAAAGCUCAUGCAAUUGUUAGUAUUUAUACGCAUCUCAGCGUUAUCCGUAUACUCAAUUUGCCAUUUCCGAAGAUAUAAAUCUUAAUGUAACGAUUGCUAAGUUAACUGUGCUGGAAGCUGGUUGAAAAUGCAUUAAUGUUCGCAACAUUCUCUGAAUUCCCUAACUCGUUUCAAUGAUAUUCAGUUAUAGUAUGCUAUUUGUAAGCGGUCGACAAUAAGAUCAGUAGCUAGUACUUGAGUGCUUAAACUUCGAUAUUUAGACCCUACAAAAAUUGUUUGCUGUCUACAUUUAUUAGUGAUAGAACACUAAGAUUGAAAAUACUUUCCAAAUUCAAAAGCUUCCAAAGAAUUAAGAAUUUCGCAUUGCUCAUCCAAAAGUUCUGGUAUUUCAUCUUUUGCAAACCGAAGGACUGCUUCGGCAGGGACCCAAAUCACAUGCAUACCAGCAGCUUUUGCACUUUUUACACCUGGAAUGCUAUCUUCAAAAGCAAGACAUUCUUCCGGCUUGACUGGUUCCAAGCCAUUAGCUUGAAGUUGCUCGUUAAUGAGAUUAAGCGUUUGGAGCCAAAUAUCGGGGUACGGUUUACCACGCCCUUCGGGAAUCCUUUUAUCAUCCCCAGUGAUGAUACGUGAACCAAAACAACGAAAUAAAUGCUGCAGCAAACACAACUAUUCAAUUUACUUACACCAAUUGGAAUAUUGCGGUUCUCAAGAUUAGUGAUCAAGCUCUCAACUCCUGGCAUCAGCUUAACAUUUUUCCAAUACUUUGCCUGAGAUAAAGUGUUAGUUACUGGAACGGCAACUUCAUCGCGUCUUUUGUACCCGUAUAACUUGUUGUUCAUCAACAAAUUGUUGAGGUGUCAUUGGAAUACCAGACCAUUCAAUAACAACGCGAGCCGCUUCAUGUCCUGGUCGUCCUUUAACAUGUUAAUGUUAAAGUGAUUGAGAAUAAAUCAUACCCAUCAUUUGCACCUUGACAGGAAGGAUGAGAGGCCCUUUACCGUAGCGCGCUAAAAUUUGAUCUGUUACUAAUUAGCUUUCUGAAGAUUGCUCAAUCGAAUAUUAACACGUACUUGUGGUCUCGGUGUAAACUUCUUCGCUGUCAAUUAAUAAGCCCUGUUUUUCUUAUUGUCAAUAAAGUCUCAAGUAACAGUACAAAAACAAUAGAAAAUUUAGAAAACAACAAACAUACGUCCAUAUCGAAAAGGCAAGCGCGAUAGCUUCGUUUUUCAGACAUUAUCACCAAUUAUAUAAAACUACGUAGUAACAGAAAAAUCGAUGCUUUAAGCGGUAAAAGCUUGAUGUUAAAGAGCUCCACUGAAGAGAAACAGAAUCUAGAUGAUGUUUUGGAAAGAAACACAAGCAGAACAGGUUUAAUCAACCAAAUAAUUACUUUUUUUCAAAAUCACACUUGGUGUGUACAUAACAUGAAAAAGAUUGCACCUGUCAACAUUUAAAAACCCAACGACGAUCUUUAAGGUUAACAAAAAUAAAUUGGACUUCUACUCAUUACAGAAAGUUAAAAUUGCUGUUCCAAAAGUAAUAUACUACGACUUACGUUUAUUCUCGGAUGUGAAGAACAGUUAACGACAUCAUCUGUUACCAAUAAACAUUCAGCCCAAGAGAUUAAUUCAUUUGCAUUUAUACAAACCAAAGCUCAGUCUUCCACCAUUGGCAUUAAAAUAAUGUUCAGAAAGGCUUAAAGUUGAAAUGGAAGAUGAGCGAGUACGAUAUCCAAAAUAAGAUAAUACCAAAAGAACGAAAGAACGACUAUUAUGUCUUGAUGAAAAGUAAUCUGUAGCAUAACCUCUAUUGGAAAAAUCAGAACUUACUUAUAAAUUUAAGGGUAAGGAGUUGUAAAAAUGAAUUGAUAAAAGUAGACAACGGAGUAAUUUAAAGCAUCAAUCAUCAAGAGGAUUAGGAAAAAUAACAGACCCUGCAAUAUAAGAAUGCAGGUCGAUGUCUCGAGCAAAUUUGGAACCAAGCAAAAUCGGCGGUUGGCAGUUAUCAUCAUUAAUAACUGAGAACUUAAGAAUGAACGUCUCAUCCAACCAUUCAACCUUUGCAUUCGUUGUACCAAUAACCUUUCUUUUCUUUCCAUUGACAUAAACGUAAAGCACUUCAUGAUCUAAGGUAUUCAGUACCAAGUUAAGGGCCUUCUGGAUUUUAACUGUUAUGACAUUAUCUGCACCAUCUUUGUCAAUCAGAGCAGGAUACGAUUCUUCAGAGGGAAGAAAUUGAAGAAAGGUUGAGUAUUUUUUGCCCUUUUCAUAAGUGAAGAGAAGGUUGUGCAUUUCAAGUGUUCGGGAUAUAAACUCUUGCUGAUACCUAUUCAGGUCACUCUCUUGAGAAUCCCAAUCAUCAUUCUCAUCAUUCUCAUCAUCCUCAUGAUCAUUUUCAUCGCUCCCUUCAUUGAGCAACGUGUGUUCAUUUUUACAAUCGUUUUUGUCGUUACUUAUUGAAUUUGAGUACUUCACUUCUAGAGAAUUUGUUGAAUUCUGAUCCUUUAAUCCUAUUCUUGACCUAGACUUAUCUUGGAGGGUAUUCACAUUUUGUGAAUUAGUUUCAACAUCUUCGUCCUGAGUUAAUCCACUUGUGGAACUGUUCCAUGCGGAUUUAGUGUGAUCAUGGCAUUUAGAGAUAUCUAGCAACGGUUGCGUAUAAUCAUUAUCAACUGAGACGCUGUUGCAUAGUGCAUUUACGAAUUUUGCAAAUCCGCCACUAGGGGCUGUCGAGUAAGCAAUAUUAAUGUUCUCUGCAGGAAAGUACCCGGAGACAGCAAAUUUAAUAAGGUCGUCCCUAGAACAACUUUUGACAAAACCAAAUAUCUUAUCUUUUGCAUGUUUGGGGUUACCACUUUUAAGUGCUUGAACGAGUUCAAACCAACGUGAAGAAGAGUUAUGCUCUUCAAUGAUCUUAACGAAAUUAUGAAAAGCGGGAUUCGUUACCACGGUCUGAAAAAUCGAUGGACAAAGAUCGGUGCACUCAAAAGGAAGCAGGUGUACAUAAUAGGCAAUUUUUCGAAGUUCACAAUUCAUAACAUUUGGAACUUUCUGAGCUAAAUGAUCAAUAAUUUCACGAUAUUCGAGAAAACGAUUUCCUGGUACGAAGGGCUUAGGCUUAAGCGAAAGAGGUAUCACAUUGCUAAUCCUGAAACCGUAAUUUCGUAGUUGCCUGUGUAAAUUUUGUGGUUUUCCCACAUUAAAUCGAAAUUGUUCCAGAUCAUGUCCAGAUGUUGCCUUUUGAGUAUCCAAGUCCGCGAGUUUUUCUAGCUUCUCCUCAAAACAUUGUACUUUAAACUUAAGACUAGCAAGCUCGCGACGCAUUUCGAUAAUCCUUGCUUGCUUUAUUGAAGAAUUUAGAAUAUUUGUUUUGUAAGAUUUUGGCUGCUGCGGCGAGCCCGGUGUUUUAUUUCUUGAUUUUGCAUUAUUUGUGUAUCGUUUAUGAGAGGAAGACAUUGAUUUCUGUAACAGACUGUUGACAAACUGUUGUCUUUAAAUAUCGUAUCUUUAUAGUAAACGUAAAAGGUUAGUCUUUGCGAAGUUUACGUUGAAAUUUUCAAGUUUUACAGCACGUUUAGGAUGCCGUAGAGCGACUCCAACAAAGGGUAGAACCGCAGAAAAGAGACGAUGCGUUCAGUGGAAUUUAAGAAAUA